AUGGCAGACAAAGUAUUCCCUUCCUCCAAACCCACCGCUACUCCACCCGCUGCCACAACAACCAGAGCCAACGGUGGAGCCACCAAAUCCGACCUCAUUAACCCCACGGCUCGCCUACCGUACCGUCCACAGCCUCAUAACAGACGGCGCCAGUACCGUCCACGUCGGAACUAUUGUUGCUGCUGCUGUUUUUGGAUCAUCCUCAUAAUCCUUGUACUCGCCCUUUUAGUAGCCAUUACUGGCACUGUCCUUUACGUCUUUUACCGCCCUCAUCGCCCUUCAUUCACCCUCGAUUCCCUCCGUAUCCGCCGCCUGAAACUCAAGACCGCCGCCGACGGCUCCUCCUCCCAUCUUUCAACCCUUUUCAACAACAGUGAUGUUUUGAUAGGGAAUGGAACAUUGCCGGCGUUUGUCAGUGACAGCAAAGACGAGUCGACUUUCAGAGGGGUUUCCGUGGUGGCGUCGAUGGGUUUGGAUGCAGAGGCGGUGAAUGACCUGAGGCCGGAGCUGAAGAAGGGCAAUGGGGUGUUGCUGAAAGUGGAGAUGGAUACUAAAGUGAUAGCUAAAAUGUUCGGCUUGAAGAGCAAGAAAGUUGGGAUUAGGGUUACGUGUGAUGGAAUUAAAGGGGCUGUUCCAAAAGGUAAGUCGCCGGCGGUGGCGAAUGUCGCCGGAGCCAAGUGUAGAGUUGAUCUCCGGAUUAAGAUAUGGAAAUGGACAUUUUGA